CAGCGACCCACCGGCUGCCCAGGUCAGCUCGCCAACCAAACAACCAACCAACCAGCCAGCCCGCCCGGGCAGGGCUCAGGUGCUCGGUGGUUCGAGCCUGAAGUCCGCAAGACGUCCGUCCUCCAUCAACAGGCAGCCAAGCAAAACUUAAUUUGAUGUGGGACAGAAAGAAGUUAAAACGUGGAAAUUCUCCCAAUGAUUUUUCUUCCUCCAGGUUAAUCUCAGUUUAAGUAGACUGGAAUGUGAAGUUCACGUCAGAAAGUACCUCUAUCAUCAUUAACAUGAAUCUUCUGAGAAGGAACCGAAUUUCAAGUGCAGGUUCCAGAUACUAGUCAUUGAAGGACUAAAAUUUCAGUCAUGACUACCUCGCACAUGAAUGGGCACAUUACAGAUGAAUCAGACAGUGAUGCUAAGAACUUAGACCUUUCAUCUCGUGAUGAGCCAGCAAGACACCGAGAAAUGGCUGUCGAUUGCCCUGAUGAUUUGGGCUCACGAACCAUGCCAAUACGCAGAAGUGCUCAGUUGGAGAGGAUUCGCCAGCAACAGGAUGAUAUGCGUCGUAGGCGAGAAGAAGAGGGAAAAAAACAGGAGUUUGACCUCAAUUCUUCCAUUCGACUGAAGAAACUGGCACAAGUUCAACCUAAAGUGGGCAUUGAUAAUCCAACGUUUGAUAAGGAAGAGGAUUUUGUUUUAGAGGGACCCAGCAAUGCAGUUAAAGUUCUUGAAGUAGAUGAACUGCUGACUUCUCUAAAACAUAUACAGCACAACCUGGUUGACAGUCAGAGUCAGGAUGAUGUGGCACUCAUUUUGCAGCUGGUUCAGAACCGGGAUUUUCAAAAUGCCUUCAACAUUCACAAUACAGUAGCAGUUCAUAUGCACAAGAUGAGUCCACCUUACCCUAUAAGCUCCAAUGCACAAGAACUAUCCCUGGAGGUCCAAAAGGUUUUGACCAUUAGUCACCAGAAGGAUGGACAUGAACUUCGUGCACUUCUUGCUUCACCACUCUUUGACGCACUGUUUCUAGCCCAUGAUGGAGUGGCUCAGCAGGAAAUGCUUCUGGAAUCACAAAAUGAUGACCGUGUUUAUGAGAGGGUAGCACAGUAUGGAGGAGAAACUGUGAAAAUUGUUCGUAUUGAAAAAGCACGUGAUAUCCCCCUUGGUGCCACGGUACGUAAUGAUGUUGAAUCUGUGAUUAUUAGUCGAAUAGUCAAGGGUGGAGCUGCAGAGAAGAGUGAUGUACUGCAUGAAGGAGAUGAAGUUCUUGAAAUAAAUGGAAUUGAGAUUCGUGGAAAAGAUGUUAAUGAGGUGUUUGACUUGUUGGCUGAGAUGCAUGGUACGCUGACCUUUGUGCUGAUUCCCAGUCAGCAGACAAAGAUUCCUCCUGCCAAGGAAAUGGUGGUGCAUGUAAAAGCCCACUUUGAUUAUGACCCCUCGGAUGAUCCAUACAUUCCCUGUCGUGAAUUGGGUCUGUCUUUCCAAAAAGGAGACAUACUUCAUGUAAUAAGUCAAGAAGACCCCAACUGGUGGCAGGCUUAUAGAGAUGGAGAUGAAGACAAUCAGCCAUUAGCUGGGCUUGUUCCAGGGAAGAGCUUCCAGCAACAAAGAGAGGCCAUGAAACAAACAAUAGAAGAAGACAAGGAGCCUGAAAAAACAGGUAAACUUUGGUGUGCUAAGAAAAAUAAGAAGAAGCGAAAAAAAGUGUUGUAUAAUGCUAAUCGAACUGAUGACUAUGACAAUGAUGAGAUCUUGACCUAUGAAGAAAUGUCACUGUAUCAUCAACCAGCAAGCAGGAAAAGGCCAAUAGUUUUGAUUGGUCCAGUAAAUUGUGGUCAGAAUGAACUGCGACAGAAGCUGAUGGAAAGAGAGGCUGAUCGUUUUGCUCCAGCAGUACCACAUACAACACGCUCUAUGAGAGAUAAUGAGGUGAAUGGACGUGAUUAUCUGUUUGUGUCACGUCAGUUUUUUGAAGCUGACAUUGCAACCAACAAGUUCAUCGAACAUGGAGAAUAUGAAAAAAAUUUGUAUGGCACCAGUAUUGAUUCAGUACGACAAGUGAUCAACUCUGGGAAGAUAUGCUUGUUAAAUUUACAUACACAGUCACUGAGGAUUCUGCGAAAUUCUGACUUGAAACCUUACAUAAUCUUCAUUGCGCCACCUUCCCAAGAACGAUUGCGUGCAAUGCUCACCAAAGAGGGAAAAAAUCCUAAGCCAGAAGAUUUACGGGACAUCAUAGAAAAGGCCAGGGAAAUGGAGCAAAACUAUGGACAUUAUUUUGAUGCAGCAAUUGUUAAUACGGACUUGGAAAAAGCAUACCAGGAGUUAAUUCGCCUCAUAAACAAACUUGACACAGAACCUCAGUGGGUCCCAUCUUCAUGGCUCCGGUGAAAACAAAUGACAGGACUUUCUGGCAAUUUGUCAGAAAAUGAUUAUGACCUGCAACGGCAGAAUGUGUAGUUGGGGGGGUGGGGUGGUCGGGGAGGGGAGGGGAGAGCCAUGGGCAGGGAUUAACUAAUUGACAUUCCAGUUUAUGCCAGCAAUUGGUGGUAGAAAUACUUGUGUAAUUACUAUUAUAGAAACUAUUUAUAAUGUAAAUAUAGAUACACUUCUGUCAUUAGCUUUCUUUGAAUCGUACUGUACAUAAUCAUGUCUCUAGACCUUACAGAUUUAAUGCUUUUAGGUGCGGUAUUUUUAUUUUGUUUUGGUUGCAACCUUGAUGUGCAUAGCUUGUUCCACUGUUCCAGUCUCUGUUAGGAAAGUAUGCGGACGAUUAUAUUUUUUCUGGAAAAUAGAAUUCAAAAAUUCCAUUUUUUUACAUUAUAGUAGAUUUGGUUUCCUCCUAACAGGAAACACUUUAGCUUUGAGCAAUUUAGAGACUUAUUCAAUUGAAAGACUUGAUCAUUUGUUUUUAAAGUGUGUAUGUGUGAACCUAAUUUGUGCAGACAUACAUUGUCUCUUAUCAGAAAAUUUGAUCGUAGGCUGGAAUAGAAUUAUUGAAUGUAACUACUGUACAGUCAGUCAAUAAUUGGCACAGUGGACAUCCUAAGCAGAUGCCUUUUCAAAAGGCAAUAAGCAAAUGUGAAUGUUUUAAUUUAAAAUGAAUGAGAGUCCUGGUAAAAUGUUUUUCAUGAAAUCUUGAUUAGUAAUGACAUUUGUGUUUCUCAUCUUUGAGACUAGCUUUUAAACACUGGAAUUCAUCGACACUGUUUCUGGAUAAAAUUGGCUGAAUGAUUUAUGAUGCAUGUUUUAAUUUUGUUUGUUUUUUAUGCAAGUGAUUUUUCCAGUAUUAAACAUAGUGCAGAGGCAUUGUGGAUGGUGCACUUGAUGCAUAACUGCUUGUUUAAAAGCAAAGCAGCAACUAUGACAAGGUUAAGUGUUGAUAGCCGUAGAAGCUAUUGGGGUAUUUUAACAUUAUUGGUGGAUCAAGCAAUAAAUAGAUAUCUGGGUUUGAUGACAUGCCAAAUUAUAUGUACAAUAUUCAUGCCUUUGAUGUUCAUUGGGCAGAUGUUUGGAUGUGCCAUGUGCAAAUUAUGCAGAUUUUAACGUUAGGAAUCUUUGUAUUCAGGGUUACGGCCCCAGCUGGCGAUAUAUCUACACUCUAAUUAUAGAAAUUAUUUUCUGACACUUGACCAGCACACGGAAUAAUGUAAAAGUGUAUUUGUAGAUUUUCAAUAAAAGCACACCUGACUUAUGUGUGAUUGCAAAAUCA